AUGACUACGACAGCGAUGGCGACAACGACACCUGAGCCACCCAAGCCUUUGCCCAAGGGAAUGGUCUUGGGUCCGGACGGCAAGCCGUGCCGAUCUUGCUCAUCCAAAAGCGCAUUCUCCAGUUGGGCCUCUCAGAUGAACGGUUCGGUAAAGAAAGGUGCCCCAGUGUCAUUGGGGCCUGCUAGUGACUGCCCACCCGACGUCGAGAGCCUCGGGCGUGGCACCUGGCAGUUGCUACACUCGAUUGCUGCGACAUACCCCGAGAAGCCCUCAUCGACGCAGAAGGAGGACCUUCGGGGCUUCAUGAGGCUGUUCUCAAAACUGUACCCCUGCUGGGUGUGCGCUGAAGACUUCCAGUCAUACAUGCAAAAAGAAAGGCUACGGGUGGAGGGACGCAGCGAGUUUGGCGAUUGGCUUUGUCAGGCACACAACGAGGUCAACCGCAAGCUAGGGAAGAAGGAAUUCGACUGCAGCAAGUGGGAGGAGCGAUGGCGCACCGGCUGGAAAGACGGCAGUUGCGACUAA